UCGAAUCUCUCUGAACAUAUAACAAUUACAUUCGAAAUUUGUGAAAAAGAUUUUUCGUUUAAUCAAAAUGAAAAAUUUCCAAAUACUUAUCAACCUAUAUGAUUUUCUGGGAAUGAGAGAUUCUAAGUCGCCGGAUAAAAAAUUGAAAUUUUUCAAUAUUCCAAAUUUAACAAACAUCUUUUUUCUCACCACAUUCAUCAUUCAAUCAACCGCAUUUUUUCUUAUCGACGCUAAAACCUUCACUGAAUAUGCCAACUCAGGUUAUAUUUCCGUGACGGUGACAUUUGUGGCAAUAUUCAUGAUCUCAUUUACUGGGAAAUCUGAAGAAAUCUUUACAUUUUUUGAAGGCGUCGAAAGUGCUGUACAAAAACGUUCGGUAAAUGUUUCGUCGGCGGAAGUUUUUAUGGAGUCUAUAAAUGGAAUUGAACGUUUUUUGAGAUUGCUUGAUCAUAGUUUUCACAUAACGUUUGCAUGCUUGAUGCUACCAAAUCUCAGUUUCAUGUUGUACAUGAUUUUUACUAAAGAUCUUGAACCCGAAGAUUACAUACUACCUUUUUAUGCCUGGUUACCAUUCAACUGGCGAACACCUACUGGUUAUGCAAUGGCUUUCGUUCUUCAAUGUGGAAAC